AACAAUCUUCUCCACAUGAUCGACCAUCAUCCCCAGCUUCUUCUGUACUCAGUGAUGAACCUCCGCCUUCAAAGCGUCGGCGGCUGUCUUCCUCUUCACUUAGCAAUGAAGAUGAUGAUGACGAUGAUGACGAAGACAAACCUUUAGCCGCCCAAGUUGCAGAUUCGGCUCCAGCCACCGGAACGAGUCCUAGAAAGGCUGUGCCGCACAGAAGCGGAAAGAAGACUUCCAGUAUGAAGUCAAAAUCGCAGAAGGCUCCCACCGGAGACAAAAGGUCAGAGAAGAAUGGAGUUGCGAAUGGUCGCAGCCCGGAUCUAAAAGUAAAGGUCGAAGAUAAGAUGGACGAGGGUCAACUCACCCGCCUUGCGACUGGAGUUACGGUGGACACGGGGCCAACAUCCUCUGCUGUAGUGGGUUGUACUCGUUUUCCUCAUUUGACUAACGUUUAUACUACUCUGUUCAAGCCUUCCCACAAACCCGAGAAAGCUGCCUUUGUCGAGCUGCGCAAGGGGAUUAUACAAAUAACUGCAGUGGAGAAUGACCGACAGCCUCGCUCUCUAGUUAUUCUCACUGGUCUCAAGACUCUGUUCCAAACACAGUUGCCUAUGAUGCCGCGCGAGUACAUUGCACGUCUGGUUUAUGACCAUAACUCCAAAUCACUCGCGAUCAUCAAACGUGGUUAUAAGGUCGUAGGUGGUAUUUGCUACAGACCUUUCCCGCACCGUGGUUUUGCGGAAAUCGUCUUCUUUGCUACUGCAUCCGUAGACCAAGUGAAGGGCUACGGUGGUAUGCUUAUGGACAACUUCAAACAACACAUCAAACGUACAUACUCUGAUGUGAUGCACUUCCUCACCUACGCCGACAAUUUUGCUGUAGUAUUUUUCAAGAAGCAAGGCUUCUCGAAGGAGAUCACGCUUGAUCGUUCUGUGUGGGCUGGGUACAUUAAAGACUACGAGGGAGGAACGAUCAUGCAGUGCACAAUGCUGCGCAAGGUCAACUAUCUUGAAAAAGCCAGCAUCAUCUCUCAGCAGCGGGAGGCAAUCCUUACGAAAAUCCGCGAGAUGUCGAAGUCGCACAUCGUAUACCAGGGUCUUCCGCAGUUCCAGGAAGGUGCUCCAGAAGGGAUCAUAGUGGAUCCUAAGGACGUCCCAGGGCUAAGAGAGAGCGGUUGGACUCCUGGCAUGGAACACAGUACGCGUUCCGGAAAAGGUGCCGAGCACACUCAAAUGCAGCGCCUCCUGUCCGAUCUCAAAGCCCAUCCGUUAGCCUGGGCUUUCCUAAACCCAGUCAACGCCGAUGAGGUUCCGGAUUACUAUGGCGUCAUCAAGAGACCUAUGGACUUCAGCACGAUGGAGCACAAACUGGACACGAGCCAGUAUUCCACGCUCAAAUUUUUUCUCGAUGAUAUUCAACUGGUGCUUGAUAAUUGCAAGUUGUACAACCCCGAAACAUCGAUAUACCAUAGGAACGCAGUGAAGCUUGAGAAAUUCAUGAAAGAGCAGUGUGCAGAAUUUGCAAAGCGAGGGUCCUAAGGACAGUUGUAUUGUUGUGUUAUCUUUAUCACUGUGCAUCUGUACUCUAUUUACCAGGGAUCAUAUACGGCUCGAGAAGUCAUCUGGCAUCCCAUGCUUUUCAGCAGACACAAAAAGAUAACAUUCAGCUGC